AUGGCCGAGUACAAGUACGACGAGGAAGGAGGACAAUUCCUUACCUUUGUCCUCACUUUCCUUCUUCUCCUUCUAGUCCCACUCACAUACUCUCUCCUUGCAUCUUCCCGCUCCUCCUCCUCCAAGAAGGGUUCGUGGGAUGCGCGCGGGCAGAAAAUCGACUUGAUCCGUGCCGGCAAAAAGCGUUCGCUCCUCAACCCUCAGAUCUCCUCGAAAGCCGUUUUGGUCCUCGCCGGUUGGGGAAUCGUCGCUUAUCUCUUCCAAGCCAUCCUCAACACCGCCGCCAACUCCUCCCAUGCGGUCUACGACCCUUUCCAAAUCCUCGGCAUCGCUGCCUCGGCAACCGAAAAGGAAAUCAAGAAACACUACAAGCGUCUCUCGGUGAAGUUCCACCCGGACAAACUCGUCCUCGCUGAAGGCCAAACCAAAGAGCAAGUCGAAGGCCACUACAUCGAGCUCACCAAAGCUUACAAAGCCCUUACAGACGAAACGAUCCGUAAGAAUUUCGAGCUGUACGGUCACCCAGAUGGCAAACAGGAAAUGUCGAUGGGCAUUGCAUUGCCCAGGUGGGUGAUUGAAAGUCAGAACAAUAUCUACGUAUUGGGCAUGUAUGCUGUUGUGUUUGGUGUAGCACUGCCGUUUUUGGUCGCAAGAUGGUGGUAUGGCUCGAGGAGCAAGACAAAGGAUGGCAUUGUCAACGAUACUGCACAGACCUAUUUCCAGCAUUUGAGGGAUGAUACCAAUGCUUCUCGUAUCUUUGCUCUCCUUGCCAUUUCGGAUGAGUUUAGUGAUGCGAAGCUCGAUAAGGCCGAGGAGAAGCAUAGGGAUGAAACAGCGCUGGCGGCCUUGGAGCCAAAGAUCAGAGCCAAGCUGGCAGGAUUUGGUCCGGAAUGGCACUUGAUCGAUUCUUUCCGUAACGCGUCUAUUCGUAAGGCUUUGUUGCUGCUCUACGCUCAUACGUUGAGGAUUGAGAGUGGCAACAAGAGGUUGGAACAGGACAAGUUGAAGUAUGCGGCGAAAGCAGUUCAGCUGUUGAAUGGAAUGCUAUCCAUUAGUCUGGCGCACAACUGGUUGCAAACUACACUGCUGUUGAUGCAGGUUACGCAGUGUAUGGUUCAAGCUGUACCCCUGCAAGACCUAUCCUCUGCCGAGUUGCUCCAGCUGCCGCAUAUGACGCCGGAAUUGAUCAAGAAGCUUCAAGACUCGAACAGCCUAGCCAAGCUCGGUAUCCAGGGCUUUUGGAAGAUGCCCGAUGCAGAACGUAAAUCCGUGCUCACCAACGCCGGCAUUGGAUCCAAGCAGUACGAAGAAAUGAUUUCCGUCACUUCCAUUUGGCCUCGAUUGGAGCUUGUUGAUGCAUUCUUCAAGGUUUCCGGCGAACGAUUGGUUACGACGGGUGCUAUCGUUCAGUUUAUCGUCAAACUUCGCUUGCUUCCACCUAAGAAAGACGGAUCGCUCCUAAGAGAUGGGAGGAGAUUGGAUGCGAAACGGAUGGAUGACGAAAGCUCUGUUCGUCCCGACCAAGACAUUCUUCCCACCCGCACUUCUAAGAAAUCCGCCGCAAACACGGAGGAGGAAAAGGACGAGGGUAAGCAAGCCAUCGGUUUCGCCCGAGCCCCAUACUUCUGGGACGAACGCAAGCCAUGCUGGUGGGUUCUAAUCGGAGACCAAAAACUAGACCGAGUCAUCGUCCAACCUACAAAGGUCUCGGAUAUCGGACCAGACUCGAUCCGAACCUAUUCGGUUCAAUUCCAAGCUCCCCCCCAGGCCGGGUUAUACACUUUCCAAGCGAUCCUAAAGUCGGAUAGUUACUUGGGAUCGGAUGCUUCGAGGAUGGUCAAGUUGAAGGUGGACGAUGCUAGUGUUUUGGAGGAUGAAGGUGAGGAUGAAAUUAGUGAACCUGAGGAGGAUAGUCUGGCCGGUCAAAUGGCACUCAUGAAGGGUCAGAAGGUUAAACCCAGCACCAGGGGUGCCGAGGAGAGUGAUGAGGAGGAGAGUGGAACCGAUGAUGAUCUCAAGCAGGAUGAUGAUCGUCGUUCUGAUAGUGAUAGUGAUAGCGAUUCUGAUUCUGAUUGA